CAAAUCACAGGUAUGGAUAAAACGUGGCCGACAAUCAUUUUGCUCGGCUUGGUCAUGAUGCUUGCAGAAUAUUCAACGUCUCCUAAGAACUUCGAAAUAGGUCAUUGUCUUCCGGCUGAUAAGGUUAUCCUUCCCAUCAACUUCUCAGAGGAGGCAAAAACAGCUUCAUUCUCCUUAACCUACAGGUGUGCUAACAAUAACCAUAUUUAUGGUAGCUGGUAUUCUGAUGGCAACUACGCUUUGAACAAGUCGAACAACGUCAGCAUCCAAAACAACGGUUCACUGGUACUUUGCCACCCUGGAAUUGAUUUAUGUGCAACAAUCAAUGUCACGCUUCAUGUCCACAAUGAGAGUAAAUCCGCCACAGAUCGCCUCAUGUCAGUAUUGGGCAGAUCAGGGGAGGCUAUAUGUGAAAACAACACGGUGCCCAAGAAUGAAGACAACAAUGGUAUCGAAGAGCCUACACCUGGAGACGACGAGCUGCCCAAAAAACCUCCAGGAGAAACCAACACUGGUGCCGCGUCUGUGCUCCUCUUGAGUUGCACUAGCUCUCAUUAUAUCGUACAGGAAGGUCACUCCAUAGUCUUGCCUUGUGGCAAUGGGCAUAGAUCUAGGGCAGCAUGGUCCAAGCAACAGAAACAAGGGAAUUUCCCCUUGGACAUAAUAAGACACUUCGGAGAUAACAAGAUAAAUGUUUACCCGCCUUGGAGUCUAGAAGACGUUGAACUGGUGAGCGGGAUCUCACUUAAAAUCAAGUCGGCGUCCUAUCCACGGGAUGACGGUACUUUUGAGUGUAUCCCCGAUGGCGUGGGGAAAACUGAGCUCAUUGUCUUAG